GCAAAAAUGAAAUGGAUGUUCAAAGAGGACCAUUCCUUGGAGCACCGAUGUGUGGAGUCUGCCAAAAUCCGCAACAAAUACCCCGACAGAGUUCCGGUCAUAGUAGAGAAGGUGUCUGGCUCACAGAUCGUAGAUAUCGAUAAGCGGAAGUACCUUGUACCCUCUGACAUCACAGUGGCUCAGUUCAUGUGGAUCAUCAGGAAGCGCAUCCAGUUGCCUUCGGAGAAAGCCAUCUUCCUCUUCGUUGACAAAACAGUCCCACAGUCCAGCCUGACAAUGGGACAACUCUACGAGAAAGAGAAGGAUGAGGAUGGCUUUUUGUACGUGGCCUACAGUGGAGAGAACACGUUUGGAUCAUAAAGGUCUUCGCUUCAUCAACACCCUCACCUUUCCACACUAACCCACCGCCCCCACCAUCCUUCAUUAUCUCUUCUGGACGAGCUUGAUUGUACUGCUGAGAAGAUGGUGGUAGAAAGAAAAUGCAAAUCACCUCCCACCACCACCACCACCACCACCACCCCUUGCCUGCAUUAGCAAUGUUAUGGAUUUGUCUGUAUGUCAUUAGUAUCAUGUGUAUCAACUUGUUAAGAGUUAAUUAGAGUAGUCUAUUCAAAUCUGACAGAAGAAAUAAAACAUUCUUUGUGAAUGACAUCAUAGUAUUAUAGGAGAUGCUUAAUAUCCUUUACAGCCAUUGAAUAUAUAAAGUGGUAAGUUUUAAAUGUAUUCAUUUAUCAAUCGAUUUUUUUGUUGUUGUUAUUCCUUUAAACUGUAUAUUUAAAAAAAAUAUUGAAAAGGGGAGGUAGCUGGAUGACCUAACCAAUAAAAAAGACACAAAAAAACAUUUGUACUGUUUCUCUUUAUUUCCUUUUGGAGGAAGAUGCAUUAUUCCUAGCAGAGCAAAAAGAACUUGACAAACAUAA